UUCCCACAUAUAGUUCCAAUUCAGCUUUAAAAAAAUAAUUAUGCUGUUUCUCGUAUUGUCCGUUCUGUGGCAGCACAUAUUUAAAGAAAAGUCCAAAGAUAAUUCCACCAUUUUGUCUGUCAUUUUCUUUUGACUGAAAAUUAUCGAGAAGAGAAAAAGUUGACGAGCGACGAGAUUAAUUCUUUUUUUUUUGAAAAAUACCUAUUAAAUAAAAUCCUAUUUUUUGCAUAAUUGAUGCAAGAAUUUUAUUUGGGAAUUUAACCUAUGUAAGUCGUCGAAGGUCAACAUAAUUUUAUUUAAUAGUGAUGCCUGAUGAAAUUGUGCAUAGCUGCGUCGCCGAAGGCUGCAAUUUGCCGGACGAUGAAGAAAUGGUUGCGUGCGAAAAUUGUGCUCGGUGGUGGCAUUACAACUGCGCUAAAUUUGAACCUUCCUUGUACGAUACUGCAACUCCGUGGUACUGUCGCACAAUUGAAUGCGAGGAUGUUGCCAAAAAUCUAGAUAAGGAAGGGGAUAAAAGCAAACAAGUUGCUGCCAGAGAUGAAAACUCUGAUGAUUUACAAGUUGCUGCCAGAGAUGAAAACUCUGAUGAUUUACAAGUUGCUGCCAGAGAUGAAAACUCUGAUGAUUUAUCGGAUGCUAUCGAUGUUCUGAUUGAGGCAGCCAAGUUAGCUCAGUCAACUGUCGAUCAGAAAGAGAACGAAAUCGAAUUACUAAAAGCUGAGAUGAAUGCGCUUAAAACCAAAUUGCAUACUGCAACAAAGGAGCCGCCUGGUCAAGAUAAUGCUAGGCCUGUUAAGUUGACAAAACUUGCCAACGAUAGACUUGAAGCGGUUCGUCAGAUUGGUAGCAAGCAUAAGCAAAUUUUGGAAAAUUCGUCUCACGCUCAUUCAAUUCCUCAUAAGGCUGAAGAUCAUCUUGAACCAAGAAGUUUCGAUACGAGUUUAUGCCAGCAAUCGGAUAUGUCAAACCUAUUAACAAUUCUCACUCGCAAUCAGGUGCAAGAGUUACCGUCGUUUUCGGGUCACGAUCACAAGGAGUGGCCUUAUUUUGAAUCAGUGUACAAGUCUACCACUGAAGAGGGAAGAUACAAUAGUAGAGAGAACGUAGCUCGUCUUAGAAAGGCGCUGGUUGGUGAAGCUCAUAACCUUGUGAGCGAUCGGUUGCGUUACUCGACUGAUGCAGAUGCGAUUAUGGCUACAUUAAGAGCAAUCUAUGGCAGGUCUGAUGUACUUGUGCACAAUCUUACUACAAACCUUCUCAAAUUGCCGGUGUUAAGUUCUGGAAGCGAUAUGAAGCUGCGUCAAUGGGCCGUAGCAUUAAAUGGUUUCGUUAGUGAUAUCAACUCCAUGGAUCUGGGUAAAGAACUUAAUAACAAUUAUGUUCUCACAGAAUUGGCUGGAAGAUUGUGCCCGUCGUUAUAUCAUGAUUGGCAGAAACGAAGAAUAAAGAAUCCUGAUGCAAAUUUAGAGAAUUUUGCAGUGUUUAUAUCUGAUAAGUUGUUUGACUUACCUCCAGAGUUGUCAAAGUAUUCGAAGCCACUAGGCAGAGAGAAGGCAGUCAGUGCAGCUGCGUCAAAAAGAGUUUUAACUCACCAGUCAGUAUCCAACACAAGUGCUUGUGUCAAGUGUGGGAAAUCUGUGCAUGUGAUGAGUGAAUGUGACGCUUUCAAGGCAAUGAAAGUAGACGAGAGGUUUGAGUUUGCCAAAAACAAGGCUAUUUGUUUCAGAUGCCUAGAUCCAGUCCCGCACAAGUGGAAUAGGUGUUCGCAAAGGAAGUUUUGUGGAAUUGAAGGCUGUUUAAAGCACCAUCACCCACUUUUGCAUCUGACUACUCCAAGAUCAUCUUUAAAUUCAUCUGCUCCUGCGUUCGCUCCACCCGCACAGAUUCACUCGUCACAUCUUGGAGUUAAGGCACCAGUGAUGUUCAAGGUUGUUCCCAUUCGAUUGUACGGAAACAACAACAGUUAUUUGGACACAUAUGCCUUUUUAGAUGAUGGAUCCUCGAUCACGAUGAUUGAACGAGAAGUUUAUGAAUUCUUGAAUCUGAAAGGCGAGCCUGAAUCUCUAGUGCUGCAAUGGACUAAGGGUGUUUCAAGAACAGAGCAAUCAAUGCGAACAACUUUGAGCGUCUCGGCUGUAAGUAAGGCCAAACGAUUUACACUCAAGGAUAUAUACACAGUUAAUGGUUUAGAACUUCCUAGCCAGACCGUUAAUGUCAGCAAAUUACAGAAAUAUUUUUCUCAUCUUAGAGAUUUGCCUUUAAUUGAGCUGGAUAAUGCUAAGCCAAAAAUCCUUUUGGGUUUAGACCAAGCUAGGCUUCUGUCUGGAAGUCGGCAGAGGUCAGGAAAAGACGAUGAACCAAGAGCUAUAAAGACACCUCUAGGUUGGGUUGUGUUUGGAACAACUGGGCUGCAAUCAAGUGUGUCUUGCCUGAACUCUCCUAAAGUAGCGUCAAUUUCAUAUUUCCAUGGAAUAUUCAAGGAAGAUGAAGAGUUGCACGAUCUUGUUAAGAAACAUUUCUCAACCGAAGAGUUUGGAGUUAAACCACCAAGUGGUGUUUUUGUGAGCAAGUCCGAUAAACGAGCAUUGGAAAUUAUGGAACAGACGCUUCAUCGAGUUGAUGAACAAUAUGAAAUCGGGCUUCUUUGGGAUAGUAAUGAAGCGAAGCUUCCAGACAGUUACGCUAUGGCUGAAAGGCGACUUGUGAAGUUUGAGAAAACUUUAUUGAAGGACCCAGACCUGAAAGACUGGAUGAUCAAAUACAUAGAAGACCUAGUGAUGAAGGGCUACGCUAGAAUAGCGACGAGAGAAGAGCUAAUGCAGAAGUGGAAGCGAAUAUGGUAUGUUCCAAUAUUUAUCAUUAUAAAUAAGAAUAAGUGUCCGCCAAAACCGAGGGUCGUAGCAGAUUUUGCUGCGAAGGUAGAUGGCACUUCUCUAAAUUCACGGCUGUUAAAAGGUCCAGAUAACCUUGUUCCUCUGCAUGCUGGACUCUUUAAAUUUAGAGAGAAAAAAUUCGCUGUUAAUGCAGACGUCAAAGAGAUGUUUCAUCGCAUCCGAAUACGUGAAGCCGAUCAACAGUGUCAGCGAUUCCUUUGGAGAGAUUGUGAUUCCACCCGUCAACCAACAGUUUUCGUUAUGCAGGUGAUGAUGUUCGGGCCCCGGUGUUCCCCUUUUUGUGCACAAUUCGUGAAGAAUCACCACGCCAAUCUCUACAAAACCCAGUGCCCAGAGGCUGUUGAUGGAUUGGUCAACCGUACUUACGUCGAUGACUAUUUCAAUAGUCAUAACACACUUGAAGAGGCAGUAGCCGUAAGCAAAGAUGCCAUAAGAAUUUGCAAAGCUAUGAAUUUCGACCUGGUCGGUUUUCAAUCAAAUAGUAGAGCUUUUUUAAAUCAAAUUCCAGAGACAAAUAUUAAGGCUAAUCUUGUAAGCAUAGAUCCAAAUGAAUGCGAAAGUUACGUGACGAAAAUUCUUGGAAUGGUUUGGCAUCCCUCUUCGGAUGAAUUAAUUUACAAGUUAAACGAUGAAGAAUGUUUGAAGAAGAUGUCGGACGGAGCAGUCGUGGUGUCAAAACGUGAAGUCUUACGGACCAUCAUGAGAAUUUUCGAUCCACUUGGUUUGAUCUCCUGCUUCAUUAUCAAAGGUCGAGUCAUCUUACAAGAAAUUUGGCGUGAGGGAUUUGAUUGGGACGAGCCGAUUUCCGAGCAGUUGAAAAUCCAGUGGCUGGAAUUUGUAAGAGACCUAAGGAGAAUCGAGUGCAUUCAAAUUCCACGCUUGUAUGCAUCUGGGGCUCCUGACUCUUCCAGUAUAAGUUUAAUAGUGUUUGUUGAUGCUUCAGAGCAGGCGUUUUCUGCGGUUUGUUAUUGGCGUUUUGAGAGAAGUGGUGUGGUGGAGGUGGCAUUGGUUAUGGCGAAGUCGAAAGUGGCUCCUGUGAAGAAACUCUCUGUACCUCGUUUGGAGUUACAAGCUGCAGUGCUUGGUACUCGUAUUGCGGAGACCGUCAAGAAUUCACACUCGAUCAAGCCAUACGAAGUUAUGUUCUUAUCAGACUCUAAGACGGUGCUUUCCUGGAUUUGUUCCUCGAGUUUCAAGUUCCCCAGUUUUGUGGCAGUUCGCAUCGGCGAGAUUUUAGAUGUAUCGAAUCCAGCUCAAUGGUUUUAUGUGAGGUCAUCCGAUAACGUUGCCGAUGACGGAACCAGGUUAAGAGAAAUUCCAGAAGACACCGAUAUUAGAAAAUCAAGGUGGUUUACUGGUCCGAGCUUUUUGAUGUGUCCUCGAGAUAAAUGGCCUAUUACGGCAGGAAAGAUUGGAAGCUCCACCGACAAGGUAAGCGAUGUUGACUUUUCUAUAUUUCCAAUACAUAUCCACAGAGAACCGAUAUCGUUCAAAGUUUAUGAUGAGUUAAAGGCAAGGUUUCAAGCUAGGUGGUUUUCGGCAAUAAGAGUUCUGGCAUUUAUCUUGCGGUUCAGAGAUUUGUUAAGAAAGCAGCCUAUUGAGAGAGAGCCAUUUGUAACGCCUUCAGAAAUUCUACGUGCUCAGGAUUGGGUAUUUAGAAAAAUACAACAAGAAGCCUUUCCUGAUGAGGUGUCCUGUCUGAGACGAAAGCAAAGUGUUGCGCCUACCAGUUGUUUGUCGAGCUUAUCUCCCUUCAUUGACGAUGAAGGUACAUUGCGAUUAAGCUCAAGAGCCCAAAAUGCAAAACUUUCGUAUGCUGCUCGUAACCCAGCAAUAUUGCCCAAGAUCCAUCCACUGGUUGAGAUUUUAAUCAUGCAUUACCAUGAAGCUAAUUUUCACAGAGGAACGGAGACGACCAUAAUUGACAUAAGAGAGCGGGCUUGGAUUAUCAGCAUCCGUGUUGCAGUAGCGCGUGUGCAAUCGAAAUGUUAUAUGUGCCGGCGACUAAAGGCAAAACCAGCUAUGCCACUAAUGGGGCAACUCCCGGAGAGUCGCCUAGCCUUUGACUUAAGGCCGUUUACUCACGUAGGAGUCGACUGCUUUGGUCCCAUGUAUGUCAAGUAUGGAAGAGGCACCGUCAAGCGAUAUGGCAUGAUAUUCACAUGCUUGAGCUUUAGAGCAGUACAUAUCGAAGUUCUGAAUGACCUUAGUAUGGACCAGUGUAUUAUGGGCCUGCGUCGCUUUCUAAUCAACAGAGUUGUCACAAAGUUCAUUUAUAGUGAUAAUGGACUCAACUUCGUUGGAACACGAAACUGCCUCGAAAAGGACUGCAAGGAGAUGGAAAAAGGGCUCGGUGAGUACUGCGCGAAAUACGAGGGUAUAGUUUGGCAGUUUAUUCCAGCUUAUUCUCCCUGGAUGGGCGGUGCUUGGGAGAGACUUAUAAAAUCAAUCAAAUCCAGUACUGAAUUUAUACUGAGAGGUGUAACACCUCGAGAAGACGUUCUUGUAAAUAGUCUGUUGGAAGCACAGAGCCAGAUCAACAGACGACCACUCACCCACUUACCCGUUGACCCAGAAGAUCCUAAGCCACUCACCCCUAACUCAAUUCUUUUCGGCGAUAGUGACAGAGACGUCACCGCACCAGGAGUUUUUUCUGAUAGUGAUAAAUGGAGCCGAUUGUAUAGCAGAAGAGCACAACAUCUUAUGAAAGAAUUCACUAGGCGAUGGUACACCGAAUACCUACCAGAAAUAACAAGGCGUUCGAAGUGGCAUAAGGUUACAAAGCCGGUGAAAGUCGACAGCAUUGUUUUGGUAAUCAAUCCGGGAGAGGUAAGAGCGGCUUGGAGAAUGGGUAGAGUAACGAAAGUUUAUCCUGGACUUGACGGAGUAGUUAGAGUAGCGGACGUGCGUGUUGAAAAUGGGACUGUUUUGCCAAAGAGGUCAGUCGGAAUGCUCGCUGUUCUGGAUAUCGAGUCUUCGGAUACAGGGUCAGACGGGGCCCGGGAUGUCAUCUCGCCAGAUUUGUAA